GGUGAUGCUGUGUGCAGCUUUCAGACACGCAGAGACUAAAAGCUCCGGACCACUUCCUCGGAGUCCAGCCAGAGAGGAGCAGCUGGUUCUCAUCCAGACCCUCCAGAGAGACGAGGAGGAGCAGGAGGAGGAAGAGGAGGAGGAGCAGGAGGAGCAGGAGGAGGAAGAGGAGGAGGGACCAGGCUGACUGGACGAUGGAGGGAAGACGUGUUCUGCAGCUGCUCUGUCUGACCUUCACUCUCAUCUCCACCACUCGACCGUCUCCUCCAGGACUGACUGUGAGUCCCAGCAGAUCUCAGUUCCUUCAAGGAGACUCAGUGUCUCUGAGCUGUGAGGAGGAUGGAUGGACAGUGUGGAGGAAGACCAGCAGAGAACAGAGGAGUUCAUGUGGAGACAUGUGGGGAAAACCUGCUGGUUCCUCCUGUAGAAUCAGCUACAUGACGACCAGAGGCAGUGGAGUUUACUGGUGUGAGUCCAGAGAGGGAGCAGCUGGAAGCAGCAUCAACAUCACUGUAGCUGAUACAGUGGUCCUCCAGAGUCCAGUCCUCCCUGUGAUGGAGGGACAGGACGUCACUCUGGGUUGUAGAACCAGCGCUCCCUCCACCCUCUCAGCUGAGUUCUUUAAAGACGGCGUCUCCAUCGGGACCGAGUCCACAGGUCACAUGACCCUCCGCCAUGUUUCCCGCUCUGCUGAAGGCCUCUACAGGUGUAGCUUCAGAGGUGUUGGAGAGUCUCCACCCAGCUGGAUCUCUGUCUCAGCUCCACCUACCAAGGCAGCUCCGCCCACUGAGGGAGCUCCACCCACAAGUGGAGCUCCGCCCACUAACAUCACCUUCCUCCAGCUUGUGGUCAGAGUUUUCUGCCACCUGCUGGUUUCCUGUCCAUACUUCAUCUCCACUCUGCUCAUGGUGUCGAUGUAUCGAGGCAGAGCCAAAGGAACCAAACAUGUCGUCUCCAUGGCGACGCUCUCCGGCGCCCAGGCUGAGCAGGGAUUGGACGAUGGAGUGAUGAUGUCAUAACCAAUAUAACCAGUCAGCGUCUGUUCAGAGGAUGAGGAGCUGUUGUUGUUGUGCAGAAUGAAUAAAGCCUUCAGAUUUUCACUUGA